AUGUCGUACCUAUCAUUUAUGCCAUGGACGCUUCAGAGGCGCCUCUUACGUUACCUGCUCUCGCAAUUCGACUUUCUCGAGACCGAUGACCUGGACCUGGAAGACCUUGGUAUCAGAUGGGGCCAGAGAUCUAUCGUUGAACUCAGGAACGUUGGCCUGAGAACAUCGGUUCGUCUGACGGGUUUGAGAAAAUGGAUUAAGCUAAAGCUUUCGCAGAAAUUGUCUUCGAUACUUCCCUUGCCGACUCUCGUUAACUUCAUAUCGGCACGGAUCUCGUACCUGAAGAUAACCGUACCUGCGAAUAUAUUAACGAGUGGUAUCGAAAUUGAUAUAUCAGGCGUCAAUGUCCACCUCAAGGUUGAUCCAAAGGAUGAGAAGGGUCAUGCAUUCACAAGGCCGGAGCAGCGCAAGCCGCCGGCCAGAGGCACAAAGUCAAAUCGUCCGCGGACAGGGACGCCCACUGUACAUGACCCGGGAGGACGGCGCACAGCACCAUACCGGCCACUUGAGGACUCUCUGUUCCACCCAGACCUUGCGGUGCAACAGCUUGCCGAGUCCUUCCUACAGACAGAGUCUCAAGAGGAUCGCUUAGAGCUGCAAGCGGCUAUUGCGUCCCAGUCACGUCAUGAACGAGAGUCCAUAAGCUCUAGUAUAUCAAGUGAAGAAGAAGUAGGGAUUGGUGCAACAGAAGGUUAUACACUGCCUUCAUUCGUUGCCUCCUGCUUGGCUGGCAUUGCGGAUCGGCUUCAGCUCCAUGUGAAAGACAUAGCAAUACAUGUCGAAUUCGAACACUCCCGAGACAGUCCGAACUCCUCACGGACCAGAGAUACUCGUUCAACGCUCUUUUUGCUGAAUUUGUCAGAAUUAUGUGUACAAGGUGUUGGCCCCGUUCCGGACGACCAUAGUCAGGGCACACCAAAACGAAAAGUUGUUCUACACCAGUUCAGUAUUCUAGUUCUGCCGGACUCCUCAAGUGAUUCCUCUGAUCCGGGAUCAGCGGAGACGACCUCACCUAUACUCAAGCAUUCAAAUGCUAGUCCGCUAUCUACUGCUAUGGCACUGAACCCUGUUCAAGAACACGGUACAGAUUUGACAUUCAGCGAUUCAAUGGAAAGAAUCAGUGACUACACUUCUGGUCUUCGCCAUCCGCAGCAAAUCGACCGAUCGACUACCUCAAGUGACAGCGUGUUUUCAGAUGAAUCCUCAGCAGCGCUGCGUAUUCCAGCUGGCCUGGACAAUUCUCUAGAUGACUCGACUCUUUUCGCUGCAACUUCACAGGAACUCCGCCUUUCAAACAGUUCUGAUCAAGGGAGCCCUCCUCCUGUCCGACCUUCUUCAACGUCUGCCGACGACGUCUUUGGAGACCAUGCCAAAAGAGAUGCUGAUGAGCCGUUGCGCCACGACCAGAUUCUCAACAGCAGGCGCAUAUCCAGUCCUGGCAGCAUUGAUAACCAGGUGUACGCAGAAUCUUUGGCUAAAUCUGGCCAGUCUGCUUCGGAAAUGGAGGACGCCAUUAGUGGUGAUCUGCCCGUCGAAGAUCUAACCGAAUCGAAGAUCUUCACGCAUGAUGAAGCAGAAUCCAUGUACAUGAGCGCUCUAAGCGUAAACCUAGAUUCUCCAGGAGAUGGGAAGCAGAUGCCAGGAGCUUGGGACUGGGCAGGAGACCGUGCGUGCGCCUCAAGCCGAUCGACUAAUCCUGAGCUUGUGCGAAGCUCUAUCGAGGCUCUACCAAGGAACAAACCUGCCUCUGCGGUUAGCCCGAGGACACCUCCUCUGUGCCUGAUUUCCAGUGCAGACCCGGGUGCACCUGGGAAAGAUGGGUCAGUUGAUAGUGUUGCUUCGCUAGGUCAGAUGCCAUCAACAGCGAAACAGCUAUUGUUCAUCGAUCAGAUCUCCGCCUGGCUACCUACUACGCACGACUCCGACCUUCCGACCACACCAAUCUUGGAGCAGACAGUUAAUGAUGGUGGCGAAUCCCGUGAUGGCGGAAAUGGAAGUCAAGUCAAGCGCAGCUCUUCUCCAACCGGCGAUCUUCAUGCUUUCAGCCUGAAUGCUAGUGAGAACAGAAGCCAAACGACAGAUCGCAUUCCUUAUGAAGCAGAUCUUACCCCCAUAUCCUUUAAUUCGCCCGACACGAUCGAAGUUGAAGUUGUGAAUGUGCACUGUCAAUUUGACAUGCAAACCGGCAAAAUCUUAGUCGCAAUAGCGAAGUCAACCUUGGGAGAAUCUCAAGCAGCUACCAAAGGGAAAAAUGCAUCUGUUCCUUCUGCCGCGGAUCCCCGAUUUUCCUUGAAGGUCAACGAUCUGGAUAUUGCAUUUCUCGAACAUGUCCCAGAGCGAUCCAUUAAAGCUGCUGUCGAAAAGCAUUUCCCUCCUGAUGACGCGUUGCUUCUCCAUAUGUCACUUGCUGGAAUAGCAUAUACAAGCUCGGUCCUCGAUGGGGCUCUUCAACAGCAUUUCCAUCUGACGAAAAUGUCUUUGUCCCAUUCCAAAGGUCAACUCCUAUUUUUCAGCCAUGAAUCAAGAAUGAGGACUUCACUAAAGGAUACUAUCGCCCUUCAGAAGUACGAUGUAGAGGCGUUGAUCACAUCCAAGGCUGGCGCAAGCAAGGUCGAGAUCCACACCAAACCAAUUCGAUUGGUUUUCGAGCUGAGCCAAAUGGACGAUGUACUCAGCAGGAGUGGUGGCCUUAGCAGUCUCUUAGAACUAGGAAGCUCAGUCGCGUCUUCCAGCACUGUUCGAGAUAGUCCAAGAAAUUUCCAUGAGCGUCGAGUUGAGCCUCGCGGUGUACGGUUCGAAGAUCCCCCAGGAAGAGAACCAAGGCCAUAUGAUGACCUCAACUUCGGACUUGGCAAGCUCAACAUCCGCAUGGGUGGAGUAGGUAUCGAUAUCGUUGGAUCUGAGUCUAUCUUGAAGGCCACUUCAUCUGCGGUCAAAGUUGUUUACAGAACAGAAGGCUUGGGCAUGCAGAUAGAUCGGAUAUCACUACAAGGCCCAUUUCUUCUGGGGGCGAAUGAGAGUCCGGAAUUAUCUGUCAAUUUACAAAACACCAGAUUAGAAUAUCUACCAGUACCAAAUGACAAAGAUCUCGACCGCCUUUUAGCAAUCCUGACGCCUUCGAAGGACAAAUACGAUGCAGAUGACGACAUCAUGGUGGAUACACUUCUAAGGCAACGACGAAAGGGCGGAGUACUUCGCUUGACUGUCAUGUCCUUCAUGGCUUCUCUUGAGGGUAUGUCGCAUAUGGUGCAUCUAUCCAAGGUUGCUACCGAGCUUGGCAAGCUCUCCAAAGUUGCCAAAUACCUUCCAGAGGACGAUAGGCCCGGCAUACUGAGUCUCGCGCUUGUGAAGAACUUCGAAUUCGACAUUAACAUGGGAGAUCCCAUAGGAAAGCUUCAUUUGCAAGCGCGGGCUUUAGAAGGUGCGCAUGUGAGUGUUCCGUCUCUACUUGCCGCUCAAAUUGCGACCGCUUCAAUCCGCCGGAAUGAUGUUGAAAUUCUUCUUGAUGAAGCUAUUACUUGUUCGGGUAGCAGCAACGUGCCACCAAUGGUUAUGUGUCGCUUUGUUGCCGACGAGAUGGAUCCAACUGUUAAGCUCAAGCUUUUUAACAUAUGCUUUGAAUAUCGUGCGGCUCUCGUCGCUGCCUUGAUGAACACAGCAGACUCCUUCAGCGGUGAAGGAUCAGAAGCUGGGAGCGAGAGAUCAUUGCAGUCUCUCGCGCGUACUUCAUCGCCCCCGAGUAGUGAAAGUGCUGCGGAAUUUGUCAGGCGAACCAAUAUAUCAAUCGCAAUCCGUGAUUCUGCUCUGGCUCUAAAUCCUCGAGAUGUCCAAGGAAGAGCACUUGUCAUUCUGACCGACGCUGCUUUCGCAAGUCCACUCAAUGACAGCAAGGACAUCAAGGUGUCCACAGAUAUCAAGAAGGCAUCAAUCAUGGUUAUUGACAAAGUCAACGUUGAUGGAUCUCCGAUCGACCCAGAUCGCCGCGGUUCUGCGCUGCAAAGUGAGGAUCAAGUUAGAACGCUCACUGAAAUGGGCUAUGUGCCUAUUGGAUACAUCUCUUCAGCCACAAGUAACAUCAACGUCACGCAAUUGGACGACAAUGGAAACCGAUCUACGGAGGUUGAUUUUGGAAAUGCACUGCUUAUCCUUGAGAGCUGUGCAGACUCUACGCAGACCCUCCUCGGCAUCCUGAAUGGACUGAGCCCGCCAGCUCCACCAGUAAAGGUUUCACCCUAUCGCACCGAGAUUAUGCCGAUUGAGGAUCUCCUCGCCUCAUUCUCUGGGGAUGCUUUUGUCGCAGAAUCCGGUCCUGAAUCAGGCCUUCGUGUUGAGAGCAGUGCUGAUUCCGAAUCGAGGCUUCCAGGGCAACAAGAUAUCGAGUAUGUUAGUGAGUUCUACCAGCCAGAUCCGGACGAUUCAGAUGACAUUUCAGAGAGCGGCCUCCAUUCAGAGAUGCUGGACUCUGAAAUAGCAGAGUCGACUGUCUCAAUAUCAGUAGCACCUGUCUCGAUCAAAGAGUCAGUAGCAGAAGCCUCGCAUACCGAAGCCAUGACGAAUAGUCUGCUCGACUUUCGUGAUGAGCAUUUUGGAGAUAGAUCUACUGCUGGUGAUGAUUCUCACCGUUGGGAUGCGACCAGAAACACGUAUGGACUUGCUGGUGACCGAAGUGUUAAGAGAUUCCCACUCAAGGUUCGCAUUCGUGGUGUGCAUGUCAUUUGGAAUCUCUUCGAUGGGUAUGAUUGGCAAGGUACGCGCGACAUCAUCUCUGAAGCUGUGAAGGACAUUGAGACAAGAGCCGCUGCCCGACGGCCACGAAGUGCCAGCAGGUUGUCGCCGGGUACGGAAGAAGAGGAGGAAUCAGUCAUUGGGGACUUUUUGUUCAACUCGAUUUACAUUGGCAUCCCUGCGAAUAAGGACUCCCGCGAGCUUGCUGGUGAGAUCAAUCGAGAUAUUGAUGAUCUUACCAGCGAAAGCGGUAGCUAUGCGACGUCGACAACAAUCACUGGCUCACCCGCAAGAGAUCAGCCACUGAGGCAGAAGCAGAAAAGAUUGAAGCUUCAAAGGAGCAAGCAGCAUAAGAUGACAUUUGAACUCAAAGGUAUUUCUGCAGAUAUGCUUGUCUUUCCGCCAGGCUCAGGUGAGGUCCAGAGCUCGGUCGAUAUCAGAGUCAAAGAUUUGGAUAUAUUCGAUCAUGUUCCGACUUCUACGUGGAAGAAGUUUGCUACAUAUAUGCGCGAUGCUGGGGAGCGGGAGGCAUGCACAAGCAUGAUCCACAUCGAGAUCUUAAACGUGAGACCAGUGCCGGACCUGGCAGCAACGGAGAUGAUCCUCAAGUUGACUGUGCUCCCCUUGCGUCUGCAUGUCGACCAAGAUGCGCUUGACUUCAUGAGCAGGUUCUUCGAGUUCAAAGAUGAACGCGCACCCGCACAAUCCGCCACCACCAGCCCACCACCAUUCUUGCAGCGGGUGGAAGUCAAUCCCAUCAAGAUCAAACUCGACUUCAAGCCCAAACGAGUCGACUACGGCGGCCUCCGCUCCGGUCGCACCACCGAAUUCAUGAACUUCUUCGUCCUCGACCAAGCCGACAUGAUCCUCCGACGCGUCAUCCUCUACGGCGUCUCCGGCUUCGACCGCCUGGGAAUCAUGCUCAACAACAUCUGGACACCAGACGUGCGACGCAACCAACUGCCCGGCAUCCUCGCGGGACUAGCCCCCAUCCGCUCGCUCGUCAACGUCGGCAGCGGCGUCAAAGACCUGGUCGUGGUGCCCAUGCGCGAGUACCAAAAAGACGGCCGGAUCGUGCGGAGCAUCCAGAAGGGCGCCCUUGCCUUCGCCAAGACGACGUCCAAAGAACUCAUCGGGCUCGGCGCCAAACUCGCCAUCGGUACGCAGACGGUGCUGCAGAACGCAGAGACGAUGCUCGCACCCCCCGACCCUGCCUCCAACCCCUCCCCCCGCGACGACCAAGACGAGGACGCGGAAUCCCGCAAGCAAAUCUCCCUCUACGCCGACCAACCCAUCGGCGUCGUCCAGGGUCUGCGUGGCGCAUAUGCCAGUCUCGAGCGCGAUCUGCUGCUGGCCAAAGAUGCCAUCAUUGCCGUCCCUGGUGAGGUGAUGGCGAGUGGCUCUGCAGCCGGGGCGGCCAAAGCGGUAUUGAAGCAGGCCCCGACGGCGAUCUUGAGACCGGCGAUUGGCGCGAGCAAGGCGGUGGGGAAGACGCUGUUGGGAGCGGGGAAUACGCUGGAUAGGGAGAAUUGGAGGAGGGUUGAGGAGAAGUAUAAGAGGCAUUAG